AGAUAAUUGAUGAUAUAAUGUUUUCAGUUGAGAUAAAAAAUUUUACCUAGUUGACAAGAGUGAUCUAUCUCCAAGAUGUCCUGGAUGACAGGGUUAGGUUGGAAGGAUGGCCUCUCCAGUAUACAACUUCAGAAGGUUGAUGAACUGGAGAAGAAUCUACAGAAGAGUGUUAACAAUGGAACUCAGAAGCAGAUUCAGAUAGAUGGGUUACAACAGGCACUAGAUAAACUUAAAAGAAAGAAGGAUGAAGAUUUGAAGGAGAACGGAAAUAUUCAACUAGAGCUAACACAGGUUCAGAAACAAUGUCAAGAACUACACGAAAAAUAUCAGAUUCUAAGGUCGGAGGUGAAGACAAAGGAAGUACAGGUGUCUACCCUGCAGGGCCAGCUGGAGAAGUCCAACAAGCAAUUAGACCAAACAAAAUUAACUCUAAAGAAACUAGAAGCAGAAAAGGAAUAUCAGGAAUGCCCGAAGACCCCUUCUCGGACGUCAAUGACCCCUCACAAGAGGGACAGUAUCAGGAUCGGGACGAGUGCGGAUGUAUCUGAGGGAGACAAGAUACGGGAACUUGAGAGCAAACUUGCUCAGAGAGACCAGGAGCUCAAGGUUAGAGCUACAUUCAUACAGUCACACUGA